CUCUGUCUUCUCUCGUUAGUCGUUGCUAAUCACCUCAGAGUUUCUCAUUGUUCAUUAACAGCUGACGUUGUUUUUUUUCUCUCUAUCGCUCACAUACACACAUAUAUCGUGUAUAUACACACACAAACCACAAACGCGUAUAAAUUCUCCCUUGUCGAUCUCUCUUGUAAGUUGCAAAUCCGAAACAAUCAGCAAUGGGUUACGAAAACGAUCCGUACCGCGACGAAGAUGGAGAACCAUUGAUGGACUUCGAUGACGACGUCCAAUCCGACCAGGAGCUCCAGGGAGGCGACCCUAAUCUUCUCGAUGACAAUCUUGAUGAUGAAGACGACGACGCUUGGCGUCGGCGAGAGAGGUCACCGACGCCAGUUUACAACGACACCGAUUCGAAAGCGAAGCCUCGCAAACGGCUCAUCAAGAAGAGCGCCGCCGUAGAGAGCACUCCUGAUUUUGGUAUCGACGAUGAUGAGGCGACGGCGAUUGUUGGUGGUGAUUCGGAUGAUGAUAGGUGGUCGUCUGAGGGCGGUAAGAGGAAGAAGUUUUCCAAAGAUGGGGUUGGAAGUGGUAGUAAGAAGAAGGAUAAGAAGUUGAAGCUUGACAAGGCUGGAUCGAAAUUCAAGUUGAAGAAGAGUACUGGGUAUUCUGGAGGGCGAUCGAAGGAUCACGACGGUGAUCCAGAGGUGAAGGAGAUGUGGGACACGAUUGCUGGGGGCGAUUCUGAGGACGAUCAUGACGGUGUUAGGACUGUUGAUGAUGAUAACUUCAUAGAUGACACUGGUGUGGAUCCUGCUGAUCAGUAUGAUAAUGAACCGCAUUCUCCUGGUGAUGCUCCUCAGGCUGAAGAGGAUGAGGAAAUCACAGAGCUCUUCAAGAUGGGCAAGAAAAAGAAGAAAAGUGAGAAAAGUGCUGCAGAAAUUGCAUUGCUAGUUGAAAAUGUCAUGGCUGAGCUUGAAGUUGUGGCAGAAGAAGAUGCAGAACUGAAUAGACAGUCAAGACCUGCCAUAAAUAAACUGAAAAAGCUGCCUCUCCUUACAGAAGUCCUCUCAAAAAAACAACUUCAGCAAGAAUUCUUAGAUCAUGGAGUAUUAACUCUUUUAAAGAAUUGGCUCGAGCCCCUGCCAGAUGGAAGCUUACCUAAUAUAAACAUCCGUGCUGCAGUAUUAAGGAUCUUGACUGAUUUUCCAAUUGAUUUAGAGCAGUAUGAUAGAAGAGAACAAUUGAAGAAGAGUGGUCUUGGGAAGGUUAUUAUGUUUUUGUCGAAGUCUGAUGAGGAGACCACAUCCAACAGAAAACUUGCCAAGGAUUUGGUUGAUAAAUGGAGUCGACCAAUAUUCAAUAAGAGCACAAGGUUUGAGGACAUGAGAAACUUUGAUGAUGAGAGGGUUCCUUUUAGGAGGCCAUCUGUGAAAAAGCCAAUGAACAAAGCUGCAGGAAUGGAAUCCAGAGAUGAUGAUCUUGAUUUGGCUGAAUUCUCACAAGGAUCAAAGUCUGGCCAGUCAUCUUCCAGGCAACAUGCAUCGAGGCCUGAAGCAAUGCCAUUGGAUUUCUUGGUGCGCCCCCAAUCAAAGAUUGAUCCAGAUGAAAUUAGGGCUCGAGCUAAACAAGUUGUGCAAGAUCAACGUCGUUUGAAGAUGAACAAGAAAUUGCAACAGUUGAAAGCACCAAAGAAGAAGCAGCUUCAAGCUACAAAACUCAGUGUCGAGGGUCGUGGCAUGGUCAAGUAUUUAUAGUCAUUUCCAUUCAAUGACCGAGUUUGAAGAGCCCAUCUUAUGGGCUUAUAGUUUGUACUGCUAUUGCACCGGGCUGAAGAACGAGAUUAUCACUAGACUGCGUUGUCCGAAGAUUCUAGGAUGAACGGGCAGGUUGGGCGAUGUUGUUGCUUCGAGAGUUGGUGCCCUGGAGGUUAGGUGGCUAUGUUUCUAUAUGUAAUUCAACAAUUUCAGUAUGUUAUGAAUAUCUAACCUCCAGAUGAUGCUGAUAUUUCCAUAUCAAGUGUAACAAUUUUUUUUUUUAAUAAGAGUGAAGUAGCUUUGUUUCUGAA